AGAAAGAACGGAUGAUAUAAGGAUGUGGAAGAGUGUGUGUUUAGCGCUAAUGUGCGUUGUGCUGACGCACGCUCAGUUCCCACGUCAGUGUGUGACACCAGAAGGUCUGCGGAGUGGCACCUGCUGCCCAUCACCUACUGGACUGCCCAAUGAUGAGUGUGGAUCCAGUACUGGGAGAGGUCAAUGUGUGUCCAUUGCUGCUGACCGCCAUCCACACGGGCCUCAGUAUCCUCACGAUGGGCGGGAUGAUAGAGAACGAUGGCCACUGAGGUUCUUUAACAGGACCUGCCAGUGUAACGGAAACUUCAGUGGAUUUAACUGUGGGCGAUGCCGACAUGGCCUCACAGGGCCAAACUGUGAUCAAAGAGCCACCGUGGUGCGACGUAACGUCAUGCAGAUGUCUACAGAUGAGAAAAGAGCCUUUGUGAACACUCUGGACCAGGCUAAAAGAACCGUCCAUCCUGACCUGGUCAUCUGUACCCGUCGCUAUCAGGAGAUUUUUGGUCCUGAUGGAGCAAAUGUACAGUGUGAGAACAUUACCAUUUAUAAUUACUUUGUCUGGACCCACUACUAUUCAGUCAGUAAGACUUACAUGGGUCCAGGCCAGCAGAGCUUCGGAGGUGUGGAUUUCUCUCACGAAGGACCAGGAUUUGUCACUUGGCACCGGUUCCACCUGUUGCAACUGGAGAGGGACAUGCAGGACAUGCUGGGGGACCCGUCGUUUGCCCUGCCAUACUGGAACUUUGCAAUAGGAGGCAGCGAGUGUGAUAUCUGCACUGAUGACCUGCUGGGAGCCAGAAGCAGCUUUGACACCAAUGGCAUCAGUUCCAACUCUGUGUUCUCUCAGUGGAGAGUCAUCUGUGAGAGUGUGGAGGAGUAUGAGACACUGGGGACCAUCUGCAACAGUACAGAGACAAGUCCAAUCAGUAGAAACCCUGCUGGUAAUGUGGCCCGACCCAUGGUUCAAAGGUUACCAGAACCACAGGACAUCAUUGACUGUCUAGAGCUGAACACUUUUGACACGCCGCCAUAUUACUCGACUUCUUCUCAGAGCUUCAGGAACACUAUUGAGGGUUACAGUGCUCCCCAGGGAAACUAUGACCCAGUAGUGAGGAGUCUGCACAACCUGGCUCAUUUGUUUCUCAAUGGCACAGGUGGACAGACUCACCUGUCACCAAACGACCCCAUCUUUGUCCUGCUUCACACGUUCACAGAUGCCAUCUUUGAUGAAUGGCUUCAGAGACACACUGCUGCAGGCACAGUGGUCUAUCCUGAGGAAAACGCUCCAAUUGGGCACAAUAGAGAGUUCAAUAUGGUUCCUUUUUGGCCACCAGUCAGAAAUGCUGAAAUGUUUGUCACCGCCCCAGAAAACCUGGGCUACACCUAUGAGGUUCAGUGGCCAACUCGGUCAUACACAAUUUCAGAGAUCAUCACCAUAGCCAUUGUUGCCGUGGUGCUUGUUGCGGUUGUGGUGGGAGGAGUCAUCGGGUGUGCUGUUCGGGCACGUUCUUACCGCUCAGCCGAGGGCCUGGAGCCACUGCUAGGGGAACAGUUCAGGCGUUACUCAGAGGAUGAGCGGCAUGCUUCUCAGUCUGUGGUGUGAUUGAGAAACUCAACAACAACAAAAAAAAUACACAUCUUAAACGUUUUUAUUUUAUUGCACUGUGCAUCCACACUGUAG